CCGGCUAUCUCCUCCUCCCCUCCCCUCCCCUCCCCCGUCCCGUCUCUUCGCAUCGGCGUCGAGAAUGGCGGCUGCGCUGUGGACGCUGGUGGCGUUGGCGGUGGCGGCUGGCGAAGCGGCGGCGCCGGCGCCGGCGGAGUCGGCUCACAAGGUGCUGGAGGCGCACGGUCUACCGCGGGGGCUGCUCCCUGCAGGGAUCGCGGCGUUCCGGUACAACGCGAGCAGCGGGCGGUUCGAGGCCGCGCUGGAGGCGCCGUGCACCGCGCGGUUCGAGGUCCGGAUGCGGUUCAACGCCACUGUGGCCGGGGUCAUCAGCUACGGCCGGAUCGCGUCCAUCUCCGGGGUCGCCGCGCAGGACCUCUUCAUGUGGUUCCCCGUCCGCGGCAUCCACGUCGACAUCCCCUCCACCGGCGUCAUCUACUUCGACGUCGGCGUCGUCUUCAAGCAUUUCCCGCUCGCCAUCUUCGACGCGCCGACGCCCUGCACGCCCGACCCGCUCCUCCUCCGCACGACCCCGCAGCGGCUGGGGGACGGCGACGUGGACGGAUUGGUCGCCGGCGGCGCGGUGUCGCAAUGAUGGAACGAUCCGACGGUGUUCGCCUAGUCAGAACCAGAAGCGCAGUUUUGAGACAAGGAGCUGAUCGGCCAAUCGGUCGCCGCGGCAUUCCUUCUUCUUCUUCUCUCUCUCUCCCUUUUUUUUUUUUUUUUUUUUUUUUUUUUUGCUUCUCCUACUCUGUUCUUGUUGUCGUUCAUGUCCGUGUCCGUUGCGGGCGGAAGCUGCCGGCCGGCAGCCACGGCGGGCACGGAGAAAGCUGCCGAUUCGGCAGACGGCGACGGGGGACGCAUGUUCGCUCGCGCUAGCUGCGUGUCCUCCUUCUGUACCUCCUCAUGCUCCGGUGGCCGUGUUGGCGAUCGCCGGUGAUACUUUUUCGCGGCAAUAGAUGGUUCUUGUACAUGUCAAGUCCUGAAAUUAUGAUUACUCCUA